UCAACAAUGCUGAUCAAUUCCCAGUUCUACCGUUGGGCACUUGGGCUAUUUCUUCGCCGCCUUCGUUUUAUUUUCCUCACUUCUUCUGACUGAACAUGGCGAGUUUUCAGAUCUGGUUCGCUUUCGCAACCCUAGCUCUUCUCUUUGCAUCAGCUUUCGCAGAUGAUGUUACCGUUUUGACGGAAGCUAACUUCGAAAAGGAGGUCGGACAAGAUCGUGGCGCUCUCGUCGAAUUUUACGCCCCUUGGUGCGGGCAUUGUAAAAAGCUUGCUCCAGAGUAUGAGAAACUUGGUACAAGUUUUAAGAAAGCCAAGACUGUUUUGAUUGGAAAGGUUGAUUGUGAUGAACAUAAGAGUCUUUGCAGCAAAUAUGGGGUCUCUGGAUAUCCUACAAUUCAAUGGUUUCCUAAAGGAUCAUUGGAACCCAAAAAGUAUGAAGGACCACGUACUGCAGAAUCCCUUGCUGAAUUUGUGAACACUGAAGGAGGAACCAAUGUGAAGAUAGCUACUGUACCAUCCAAUGUAAUUGUUCUUACAGCAGAUAAUUUUGAUGAGGUUGUUAUGGACGAAACAAAAGAUGUUUUGGUCGAGUUUUAUGCCCCAUGGUGUGGCCACUGCAAAAAUCUAGCUCCUACUUAUGAAAAGGUUGCAACAGCAUAUAAAUUGGAGGAAGAUGUAGUAAUCGCUAAUCUGGAUGCUGAUAAGUAUAAAGAUCUUGCUGAAAAGUAUGGUGUUAGUGGCUUUCCUACAUUGAAAUUCUUCCCAAAAGGUAACAAAGCGGGUGAAGACUAUGAUGGUGGUCGAGAUUUGGACGACUUUGUGACCUUCAUCAAUGAAAAGUGUGGCACUAGUCGUGAUGGAAAAGGACAAUUAACAUCUAAGGCUGGUAUAGUUGCAAAUUUGGAUGUCUUGGUGAAGGAGUUUGUAAGUGCAAACAAUGAUGAGAAAAAGGCAACCUUUGCACGGAUAGAAGAGGAAGUAGAGAAGCUCAAGGGUUCAUCUGCAAGGCAUGGCAAGAUUUACUUGAAAGCUGCCAAGAACUGUAUGGAAAAGGGUCCAGAUUAUGCUAAGAAAGAGACUGAGAGGCUACAGCGCAUGCUUGACAAGUCAAUCAGCCCUGCAAAGGCAGAUGAAUUCACGCUGAAGAAGAACAUCUUGUCAACCUUCGCUUGAUCUCAGUUGGUCAAACAUCAGUAAGACUAGAUUUUGUCCUUGGGGGUAUUUCUCCCAUGUUUUCAGCUUGGGGUAAAUACUAUUUUGGGAUCUGUCUUGUUAUUUUUCUUUGUACUGUAUGCAUAUGCAGGUCUAACUUCUGAAAACACCUCGAAGUUGAGAGUAGUUAUACUUUUAGCAAUGAACCUAGUGAAAGUGUGAAACUGCACCUGCAACCUACUAAUUGUCCUCUUUCUCACAAUUACAGAAACAUGAAUUUUGGAAUGUGGAGAGCACUUUUCUUUUUA